CUCAAAUUCGACUGACAUUUUGUAAGAGUCGUAAAACACACGGCAUAUUUUGUAUUCAAUCGAACAAUUUAUCUGUUGUGCGAUUGGGCGCUGGCAGGAAUAAUUAAGUUCAGCACUAUAUAUCGCUAGUAUUUAACCUUAAAUCUGUGGGCAACCAUUAGUUCCAAGGCCUCGUUUGGUCGUCAUAUCCUCAUAUCCUGCACUUGACAAUAUAUUCCAAAGAAUACUCGCACAAUGGACGAAUGGGAAACCCAAACCCAGGCUCAUACAAAAGUGGACCGGUUCAAAGAUUGGGUCAAAUCAGAUGCGAUGGCAGUUACUGCGAAACAGAUUGCAUUUCAGACCCUCGGCCAUCCUUUGGAUUUUGCCAGGACUCUCGUACAGCUGGGAUACGAACCAUUUGCACCUACUGAGAGAACCUUUAUUUUUGGGUCUCCAUAUCUUGCAUUGCCGAAUACAUUUCAAUAUUUGAAAUACAUCAAGUCAGUGGAUGGAUUUCUAGGCUGUUACAGAGGGCUCGGACCUCGAAUUUGUCAAAGUAUUGUAUCCAGCGCAGUGUUUAGCAAGGUCUUGGCUCAAAAUCCGUUCCAACGAGAUGAGUCACAAACUAAUCAAACCCGUGGAGGAGACCGUUUGAGACUUAGCUCGGCUCGGUCAGGGGCGCUAGUCCGUGGUUCUCAAGUUGCUAACGAUUUCAUUGGAUUAAUGACGAACACUGGAUGGGAAAUUAUUUCUGUGGCUUCUGCAACUAUUGUUUCUCAACCAUUUUACGUUAUUGCUGUCAGAUCUAUGGCUCAGUUUGUCGGAAGAGAGACAAAGUACAGCACAAUCUUUGAUGCCAUAUCGACAAUCUUUCGAGAAGAAGGGAUUUUGGGAUUUUUUAGUGGAUUGGUUCCACGCCUUGUCGGAGAUGUAAUUUACAUUUCCCUAUCUGCUUCUCUGGCCUACCUUGUCAAGAGCUACUUUUGUGGGAAUAAGGACACGUUAGGCAUUGAAGGCGGUGUCGUAAUGCUCUCCAAUGUGGUGACCAGUUCAUUUACCUACCAGUUUAGUGUCGUAGCAAGCGUAAUGGCUGUCAACGAUUCAAGCCUUGCUGUUGGACAUUACCCAUUCACAAAAUCAUACGAUGAUUGGUACCAAUGCUGGAGAUACCUCGCCGCAACCAAACAGCUCAAACGGGGGUCGUCAAUAAUUGGUCGCUACUAUACGGGUCCCACGGUGGUCUUAAAUGGGGCACGCCGACCAACUGGAUUCUAUUUUGGUCCACAACAUCCUCCAGGAUUAGGGUUCAGAGAGAGUAUCUUCACAAGCAUUUAUCCUCCCAUCCCAAAGAAAAUUGACUAAACAAUGUUACGCAUAAGCAUAAAUUAAAAAUUGUAGUCUAGUUAGUUAGUCCCAAUUCGGUGUUGGAACAUCCUAUUAAAAUGCCUCGAAAUCUGCAGUUUCACUUGUCUGACUAGAUAAGCUACUGCGUAAUUGAAAUAAAUUGUAUCGAUCGUAUGACUUUUUGUCACUUUAUUCUUAUUCUUGUUCAACAUUUCCUUCAACAUCGUGUAUCGUGCUGCAUGACUUGAAUCGAUUUGAUUGUUAGAAGAACCUACAUACGUACCAACCAAUACGAAGAAAGUUUAUUGUUUAUACGGCUAUCAAGUUGAUAUGAUUGUUUUUGUGUAUGUCACGCUACGCUAUAAUAAUAAAAGACUAAAGGUAUUAAUUCAGA